CCGUCCAAGAUCGAAGAUGGCACACGAGCACAGUAGUCCCCAUGAGUUUGUGCGACUACCUAUGAACGAGGGUAGUAGCCCUGUCGUCAAUUCCGACGGGCCCCAGGAGUUGCCGCAGGACAUCAAGCUUGUUGUACAGAACGGCAACGAGACCAUCCAGAUCCUUCUCAAAGGGCACGUGAUUGUACGUAGCAGCGGUCGUCCUCAAAACAACGGCGGCGAUGCGGCAGGACAGGGCACGGCCACGAUCGGGCAGCAGGCCGCCGCCGACUCCGCCGACGCUGAUUCCCUGCAGAACAUGAGCGGGUGGCUGAUGGCAGCGGCCACCCUCUUCCUCGGCAUGGCCUACCAGGCGGCGACCAAGCCGCCAGCCUGGAUGCCCAGCGCCAAGGACGCGUUCGACGUGGUCUUCUUCGGUAAGCAGGGGGACCCAUCUGGUUCCGUCACCAAGAAACUAGCUCAGAGGGCGCUAGGGCACCUGCUCCUGAACACGAUGGCUUACGGGAUAUCACUGGCGCUGGUGGUUUUGCUGCCGACGAUGAACAAGGCAACGCCUGGGCUCCCGCAGCUCGUAACCUAUUUGGUCGUGACGCUCGCCGCCGUCGUCACCGCCAACAUGUGUAACGCCAUCUCCGAGGACAUUCUCGUCGGGAAUGUGGUUUUUGGCGUCAUAAUGGUCUAUGGCCUUGGCCCAGUCAUCUUUAUCGUCUUGUACGCUCCUAUUCUCGUCCCAAGAAUCCGCAGCCUGCUGGCCUGUCUUCUCGCACCACGUCGACCGGCUGCCAUUCAUUCCUGGCUGCUUGACCGGCAGCAGCAGGUCUUGCCUUAACUCAAAUCAUUUUUGUUUGGCAGUCUGGCAAUUAUUUUCACAUGUAACCUAUAUUUUCUUGUGCACAAGAAAACUCCUGGAAUGUAAGGUAUUAUUUUCCACA